UUAAAAAUUCUAUUCAGAUACACCUUACAUGUGCUAAGGUUCGGACGUGUCUUAGCACAAUAGCGGAAUAAUAAGUUAAUAAAAAAAAAUAUAAAAAAAAGAAAAACUACAAAAAAGGAUCUAAGGAUAUAUUGAAAUUUAAAAAAAGGAUAUUUAAAAAAAAUCUCAAUAUUUUUCGAAACAAAUAAUGAAAUAAGUACAAUAAAUAUUUACAUUUCUGUGUAUAGUAUAGUGUAAAUUAAUCCAAUUAACAAAUAUUAUAAAAAAUGGGUCUGGAGUUUUUCUUCAAAUUUGGUUAUGCCUUUCUAAUCAUAACACUGCUUAUAAUGAUAUGGAUGUCUCUGGCGCGAGCAUCACUUUAUAAUCAUCGUGAACUGGAAGAGAUGAGAUAUCCACCAUGUACAUAUAAUUCCUUUUGUACGUGCUCAAAAUCAUCAUCCGAUCUGGGUGUUGUUUAUUGUAAAAACGUGCCCUUUCCAGCAUUACCAAGAAUGGUAAACCAAUCAAAGGUUUUCAUGCUGCACAUGGAAAAUACUGGAUUACGAGAAAUAGAGCCAUAUUUUUUACAAUCAACAGGCAUGUACCGUCUUAAAAUAUCGGGGAACCAUUUAACUGAGAUACCAGAUGAUGCUUUUACCGGUCUAGAACGAUCCUUGUGGGAACUUAUACUGCCACAAAAUGAUUUAGUUGAAAUACCAUCGAAAUCAUUUCGCCACUUACAAAAACUCAGACAUUUAGAUUUGGGUCAUAAUCACAUAACACACAUACAACAUGAUUCCUUUCGCGGUCUCGAAGACUCAUUACAGACACUCAUAUUGCGCGAUAACUGCAUUUCAACAUUACAGGCUCACAGUUUUUCAGGUCUUCUCAUAUUGGAAACGUUGGAUUUGAGUGGCAACAAUUUAUUUGAAAUUGAUCCUAAUGUCUUUGUGGAUGGUAUGCCGAGACUAAUGAAACUAUUAUUAACGGACAAUAUACUUUCGGAAAUACCAUAUGAUGCUCUGGGACCAUUGAAAAGUUUACGUACGCUGGAUAUAUCGCACAAUGUUAUUUGGUCUAUGAGUGGUAAUGAAACAUAUGAUAUACCAUCGACCACAAAGCUAAAUUUGGACAAUUUACAUUUGGAAUAUAAUAAUAUUAGUAUGUUGCCACCAAAUUCAUUUAAAUACUUCGAUAUUGUUAAUCGAACAUUUUUGGAUGGAAAUCCCAUACAUACAAUGAAGGAUGAUGCUUUUAAAUCUGCAAAAAUACGCGAAAUUUAUAUGCGUUAUUGUGGCCUAACUCAUAUAUAUCCGAUGGCCUUUGAUAGCUUAGUAAAUAGUCUACAAAUAUUGGAUAUAUCUGGAAAUAAUUUGACUCAACUGCACCAUAAACUUUUCAAUAAAUUCGACGUUUUAAGAGUCAUAAGUAUGCGCGAUAAUAAAAUCAAAAUUGAACAACCCACUGAAACAUUUAAUGCUAUGCAAUAUACCCUGCUCAAAUUGGAUUUAAGUGGUGAUCAAAAUGAUCCAACUAAUUUACAAACACUGCGCAAUAUGACCAGAAUGAGGAAUAUGCGUUCUUUAUCCAUGUCACGUAUGAGUUCAACUUCUAUAGGACCCGACGACUUUAAGGAUUUUGGUGUAGAAUUGGAAGAUUUGCAAAUAACACGUGCACAAUUAUCGAACAUACAAGCGCAUGCUUUCAAACAUGUAAGAGGAUUAAAGCGUAUCGAUUUUAGUGAGAACUCAAUAUCGAGUAUUGAAAAUGAUGCUUUUGAUGAGAUUGGUCACUCUUUGAUUUCCUUAAAAAUUGCACAUGGCUUUUCGGGUACAGCACUGCCUUCGGAACCUUUGCGUCAUUUGACCUCUUUACAGGAACUGGAUAUGAGUAAUAAUAAAAUACAAAGUAUGAGUGAUACUAGUUUUCAUUUUCUAAAGAAUUUAAGACUAUUGGAGUUACAUGAUAAUCGUAUUGAACAAGUUAUGAAAGGGACAUUCCAGGGUGAUAUACAUUCGAAAUUAGAAGAGAUUUCCUUACGUUUUAAUCAUUUAGCACAAGUUUCCCAGCAUACCUUUUUCGAUCUAGAGGCUUUAAGAAAAUUACAUUUGGAUGAUAAUAAAAUCGAGAAAAUAGAACGUCGUGCCUUUAUGAAUUUGGAUGAAUUGGAGCAUUUAAGUUUACGUGGCAAUAAACUUAAUAACUUAGCAGAAGAAUCGUUUCAGAAUUUACCCAAACUGGAAGUUUUGGACAUGGCUUUUAAUAAUUUACCCAAUUUUAAUUUUGAUUAUUUCGAUCAGGUGGGUACUUUAUCAAAUUUGAAUGUAAACGUUAGUCACAAUCAAAUUAAAAGUUUGAUGCACAAUUCAUCAUGGACUGUACGAGGAGAUCAUGAUUAUCAUUUUUCAGGUUCCAUGUAUCAUUCAAAUAUAAAGAUUUUAGAUUUGUCACACAAUAAUAUUUCACUUAUACAUCCGGGAUAUUUUAGACCAGCGGAAAGCUCAUUGACUCAUCUACAUUUGGGCUAUAAUUCGUUAAUGAAUGCUACACGAGAUGUUUUUGGUAAUAUGAAUCAUUUGCAAUGGUUGGAUAUUUCUCAUAAUCUUAUACAUGAACUGGAUUUUGAUGCUUUUAAAAAUACUAGAGAUUUACAGCUUAUUUAUUUGUCCUACAACUAUCUGACCGAUAUACCUCAAGAAGUUUUCAAGAGUGUUAAAGCUCUGAGAGUUGCCGACUUUUCUCAUAAUCAUUUGAGAGGUCUACCCGAUAAUUUGUUUUAUAAUGGUGGCAUGGAAAAAUUGGAUGUCUCACAUAACAUGUUACUUAAGAUACCAUCAUCAUCUUUGUCCAGUUUGGCGGCCUUGACUUUGUGCGAAUUACAUUUAUCUAAUAAUUUCAUUUCAACCAUACAUAGCAUGGAUUUAUCUAAUAAGUUUAGACGACAUAAAUAUCGGUCAUUACGUUAUUUGGACAUUUCCUACAAUUACCUAUUGCGCAUCGAUGAUGCUGUCUUCGCCACAAUGCCCAAAUUGGCUGUUUUGGAUUUAUCGCAUAAUCGUGAUUUGAAAGUUAUGGAUAAAUCGUUUAUGGGUUUGGAAAAUAGUUUAAUAAAAUUGGGUUUGGAAAAUGUAUCACUGAGUACAGUGCCCGAGAUACGUUUAAAACAUUUACGAGAAUUUCGUUUGGGCUAUAAUGAAUUGCCAUCGAUACCACAGGAAUUGGCACAUAAUAUGUCAAAUUUAAGAAUGUUGGAUUUAUCUAACAAUGACUUGACCAAUGUACCACUGAUGACACAGUCGUUGCCGCAUUUAAGAAAACUUAUGUUAUCUGGUAAUCCCAUAACCUCCCUUAACAACAACAGUUUUGAUGGUGUCAAUGAAGAUCUUGAAAUGUUAGACAUUUCCAAUUUCCGUUUACAUUACUUUGAAUACGGUUGCCUAGAUGCCUUGCCACAUUUACGUUCACUCAAAUUAACAGCAUAUUCACAUCUGGAAAACUUUAAUAUACCAUAUCUGCUGCGUCACCAUCAUAAUGUACGUGAAUUAUGGAUUGAGGCACCACAACCGUUUACACGCAUCUUGAAAAAAGGUUCAGGACCGACACAAGAAAUGCAAACCGUACAAAUGGGUAUGCCAACUGAUUUGGGACGAGAGAUGGAGGGUCAUUUACCGUUAAAACUAACAAAUAUAACAUUUAGUGGACCACAAUUUUCGAGUUUAAAUGAAAAUAUCCUAAAAGGCAUGCAGUCACCGUAUUUGUACAUACAACUCUUUAAUACUUCAAUACCGGAAAUACCCAAGAAUUUCUUUAAGAAUAUGGGACGUGUACGUAAUAUAUCGUUAGAUAUACGCUAUAAUAAUCGCAUGUUAAAGAAGAUACCAAAUCCUAAUACGGGUACAGUGCCUUAUUUGCCUAAUAGUGUCUUUUUAACGGAAUUGAAAAUGUCGAAUUCGGAUUUGAAUUGCGAUUGUGAUUUAGGCUGGGUAGAAUUUUGGCAACGAAAACGAAGACAAUAUAUUUGCUCCUCACAAACCUGGACCGAUACCGUGUUUCGUACAUUUAUGAAUUCUCCAUGUCAAAUAUAUGGCCGUUAUAUGUGCGAUGAACAUGAUGACGAUUUACGUGAAACACGUUGUGAUAAUAAAGGUGGACAACAGUUAAUGGAGUCUUUAAAAUUCGAUUUGGAAUGUGGUUGGGAUAAUGCCACCUGCCGUGAAGCCUUCAUAGUACUUGUCUUUUCUCUGGUUGGACUAUUGUCCUGGAUGUGACUGUUGUACUUCAUUUUUCAAACGUCAUCAGAAUUUUAUAGUAUCUUGGAGAAGGUCUAUGGCGAUCAAUUAGCUUAAGAUUUUAAUAUUAAAAUUAAGAAAGAUUUUUAUUAAAACCGAAUGAAGUAGUAUAUACUGGUAGUAAGCAGCAAUGUUAAUAGUUUACGACAAGAAAAAAAUUAAAAAGCGUUGUUACUUAUUCAAAAGUAUAAAUGUAGUAUGCAUGUUAGUAGGACCUAUAAAUUUUGUAUCGGAUGUUUGAAAAAUGCCUUCCCUCUGGAUCUAAACGAAUAACUCUGUCUCUGUCUAUGUCUUUUUGCUAUGAAUACUUGAACAUUGGAGAGCCUAGCGAGAAAAAAAGUUAAAAUUAGUACAAUAAUUUUCAAAUUCAAAUUUAUCUUUAAUAUAUUCAUAUUUUCUAAUAUUUGGCAAAUUUUUCUUUUAUUAUAAAUAAAUUUGGUUUUGGCUAUGUUAUAUUUUGAACUUUUUUUCUCCGGCUAUAUUAAAGUGUAGGAACUCUAAUGCGCGUAUGUAUGUAUAUUUAAUAUAUAUUUUUUUGAAUAAUAUUAAAUAUAUAUAUAUAUAUAUGUAAAUUUAUAUAUCGACCGAAUAUCUCUCACUAUUUGCUAUAAUUAUAUGUAUAUUAAAUAUACGUACCCACCACAGUUUGCAAUAAUCACUGUCAUUAACUAUUUAUUAAAACAAACUAUUAAUUCUAUAUUUUUAUAACAGUAAUUAAAAAUUUUAAGCCACUUUAUGUCUAUCACUAACUAUAUAACUUACCUAAGAAACUAUUUCAAUCUUUUCUGUUAAUAACCUUAUAUAAACUUACUAUAAACUAUAACAAAAUUUAUGCAUCUGGAUGUAUUUAUAUAUUAGGAAGUAGGGGUAUAACUUUAAAACAUAUUAAUCAAAUCAUAAAUAACAAAAAAUGGAAAAUUUAUUUUAAAAAUUUUCAAGAAAAUCGUAAAUUUUUCUUAGUUUUUUAUACAAAUUGAUCCAUUUGUAAAUUUUUUAUUUUAGGCAAAUAUCAGCUGUUUUUACAUUCCGAUAAUAAUUAAAAUCUUUAAAUAGAAAACUUUUAACGUUUAAAAUCUUCUUAAAAAAAUGUAUGAACAACUUCUCAAGCCUAGAUCAAACACGAUAUGUAGAGGCUAAUCGAGAGGUGUUAAAGGUGUGAAUAUUUUACCAAAUGUUGAUAGGACUUGGGAAAAUAUUGCACCUUUCGCCCUUACCAUCAUCAUUAUGUUGCUAACAAUCGUGAUAAAAUUUUGCACAAGUUAUUAUGGUAUUAAGUUAUAAUUCGGCAAAAUUUAAUUUGUUCUAGUAAUUUAAUCACAUUACGUAUAGUUCGAUCCAUAAUUUGGCCAGGACUCUAUAAAAGGUUCUCUUACGAAUUGUUAUAUGUUAAUAAAAUUCGUAGAAAAUUCCGAAAAGAUUGAUUCACAAUGACUUUUACUUGUUUCUCAUUCCAAUGGGUAUUUUUUGUAUAUAAAUGCUUAAGAAAAAGUUUUCAUUAAAAACAAUUCAGUUAUACCCCUAAUCAACAUUCUAACUAUAUAAUAUAGAAAAUUCAUAAUAUCUUAAUAUUUAUCUAACUCUCAAUUACUUUCUUAUAACUACUAUAUAUGUAUGUAUAAUCGGCUUUAAAUCUAAAUAUAUAUGCAACGCUUUUAAUAUUUUU